AUCCCCUUAAAUGUUACGCCCCUGUUUUUGCCAGUUGCAGCAAAACAAAGUCAGCUGUUUUAUUAUCAAAACUUGUUGUUGCCGUCAAAAAUGCUGCGAAAUUCAUUGUUUGCAAGCGGCAAGCUGAGGAAGUCCCUGGCCUGUGUUCUGGCCCGAAAUUUGCCCAGGAAUAACAGCACAGCACCGUCUCUGGAUGCCGGCACUCAAAAGGAAGUUCGCCACCAUGAGAAUCAUGCCUCUGAGUGGUGGAACCAAAACGGAACCAUGGGUGCUCUCCAUGCCCUGAAUGAGAUAAGAAUCCCGAUUUUUAGGGUUCCCUUUAUCAGAGAUGGCAUCGUUUCGCGCGGCACAGUGAAGCCUGGUUACGUAAAUACAACCAGAGUGUUGCGCGGUCAGAAUAUUUUAGAGGUAGGAUGCGGUGGUGGACUUCUUACGGAGCAACUGGCGCGCCUUGGUGCCCAGGUAACGGGCAUAGAUCUUGGCGAGAAGUUAAUAGAGGCUGCUCGCGAUCACCUCAAUUUAUCUAGUCCAGAACUGGCUACCAAUGUGGUGUACAAAAUGGAGCCUGUGGACCAGCAUGCAAAGUCCAAUUGUGAAUGCUACGAUGCUGUAAUAGUAUCCGAAGUAUUGGAACAUGUCGACGAUAAAGUGGCCCUGCUCGAGGCCAGUGUGCGAACCCUUAAGCCUGGAGGUUCAAUUUUCAUCACCACCCUGAACAAGACCAUACCCAGUUGGUUCGGUGGCGUAAUUCUAAGCGAAUAUGUUCUACAUCUAGUCCCCAAGGGAACGCAUCACUGGGACAAGAUGAUUUCACCCUUAGAUGUUCAGCGUAUCUUGGAUACGAUGAACUGUCAAACGGUCCUAGUGAAUGGAAGUACUUACGACUUUUGGAGCAACACCUGGCGGUGGAUAAACAACACCCAAAUGUGCUAUGCCCUGCAAGCGGUAAAACAACCACUAAGCGAAUCAAAUUGAACCGUAAUUUUUAUUAAACUAGUAGCUAGGGUAGUAACUAACAACUAAAGAGUUAACUAAUCCUCA